AUGAGGAGACAGUGGACCACAUUGUAUCUGGUUGUGAGGUAUUAGCUAAAUCAGAGUACAUCUCCAGGCACACUAGCUGCAGCACAUCUCCAAUGGAACAUCUGUAAAGAUCAUGAUAUUGAGGUUACAGACAGGUGGUAUGAACAUGAGCCGGAGACUGUGAUACACAAUAAAGACAACAACAUCACCAUCAUGUGGGAUAUUCCAGUCAAUACUGAUCGAACUAUUGCUGCGAACAGACCAGGCAUCAUGGUUAAAGAUUCAGUGAAUUCUACCUGCAAACUGAUUUAUAUGACUAUCCCGUCAGACAGAAAUAUCGCACUAAAAGAACUAGAAAAGAAAUGUAAGUAA